GUUCCUGUGGAGUUUCCGGCUGCCGGGGGAGGCGCAGAAGAUCGAUCGGAUGAUGGAGGCGUUCGCACAGCGCUACUGCCUGUGCAACCCGGGCGUGUUCACCUGCACAGACACGUGUUACGUGCUGUCGUUCGCCGUGAUCAUGCUCAACACGAGCCUGCACAACCCCAACGCGUCUUGCGACAAACCUCGGCCGAAGCUUAGGGCUGGCCAAAUCAAGGGUAUCAACGGCGGCGACCUGCCCGAGGAGCUGCUCAGGAACCUGUACGAGAGCAUCCGCUCGGAGCCCUUCAAGAUCCCCGAGGACGACGGCAACGAUCUCACGCACACCUUCUUCAACCCCGACCGCGAGGGCUGGCUGCUCAAGCUGG